UCCCGGGCUAAACAAAACGGAAACGGUGCAGGCCGGAAUCACUCAUUUGCUGGUUGGAACUCGUAGCGGUCGCACCAAUAACUAAAAUUUUUCCUCUGAUAACGACCAGACGCGUCUUCAAGUGUUUUGUGACCUAUAAAAACCACGAUAAGAGACUAUUGGGUAAACAUGACCGCCAAUGGAAAUGGAGCAGGUGACAUGCUGGGUCCCGGCAUCGAGCUCGUUGCCCAACAGAAGCUACAGCCAGAGGCCAUAAUUUAUUCCCGCCUGCAAAAACUGGGAGCCUUUUACAGGGAACAGUUUGGUGCCGAGCCUGACUUCUUUGUUCGUGUGCCAGGACGUGUCAACAUUAUAGGCGAGCAUGUGGACUAUUGCGGCUACUCUGUGCUCCCCAUGGCCGUUACCCAAAGCAUCGUGCUGGCAGUGGGCAGUAAUCCCACAAAGCAUCAAUUGCAGCUGCGCAAUGUGGAUCAGGCCCACUUCCAGAACUUUGAUUGUGACUUGAAGAACCUCAGGUUGGUGAUUAUUGACCCGACGAAUAAUUGUACACAAACUAAUUAUAUAUUUGAUACUUCUAGCGUUGAACUGCCACUGCCUGGGGGUCCAGCAUGGUAUAAAUACUUCAUGUGCGGCGUUCGAGGCAUUGAGGAGAAGCUGGGCAAGAAAUUCAGUCCCAUUGGCAUGCGCAUUGCAGUCGACGGAAAUGUGCCUCUGGCCGCUGGUCUGUCCAGUUCCAGUGCCAUGGUCAGCUCCUCGGUGCUGGCCACAGCACAUGUCCAGGGCAUGCAGCUGGAUCGCAAGGAGCUGGCAUCCAUUUCGGCCCAGUGUGAGCAGUACAUUGGCACGCAUAGCGGCGGCAUGGACCAGGCCAUUGCCUACUUGGGCCGCGAAGGCUGUGCCCAUCACAUCGAAUUUCAUCCCAAGCUCAAUGGCACACCGGUGACCCUGCCGUCGGGCAAGUGCUUUGUCGUGGCCAACAGUUUGGCGCAGAAGAACAAGGCUGCCUCGUCGGACUACAAUGAGCGUGUGGUGGAGUGCCGCCUGGCAACACGUUGGCUGGCCCGGCACAAGAAUCUAAGCAAUUGGCAGGACAUUAUUCGAUUCAUUGACCUGGAGGAGGCCUGCGGCAUGGACAAUGAGACGUUUGAGAACCUCAUCAAAGAGAAGCUAACCAAAUGGGUGUACACCCGAGCCGAUAUCUGCCAGGAGUGGGGCAUUACGGAGCAGGAGCUGGAGACCAAAUUCCUCACGGCCAACACACAGCACAUGCAGGAGUUUAAGCUGCGCCAGCGUGCCCUGCAUGUUAUCCAAGAGUCUGGACGCGUGGCCAAGUUCCGUAAGAUUUGUGAGCAGCUGGCGCAACGUGGCAGCGUGGAAGAUGUCAAGCAGUUGGGACAACUCAUGCGACAGUCUCACGAGAGUCUGCGCGAGCUCUACGAAUGCUCCCAUCCCGAUGUGGAGCGUCUAAUUGCCAUAUCCGAGAAGCAGAAUGUCAGCGCACGCGUUACAGGUGCUGGUUGGGGCGGCUGCAUUGUGGCCAUGUGCGAUUCCCAGGAGGCUGCUGCAGCGUAUAUAAAGGCUUUGAAGCGGGACUACUACGCUCAAUUGCCGCCACAUCUGUUGGAGCGCCAUCAGCCAAAUGAUUUCAACGAGGUUGUGUUUGCCACACUCCCAGGCAACGGAGCCGAGUUGUUUGUGCAGUGAAUCAAUGACCCAAUCCUUCAUCUCAGAGUGUUUUUGUUCCAGCAUAAUCUUUGUACAUAAAGCUAAAUCCCUUUUAUUUAGCAGUUUACUUAGUUCCCUCCCUAAGGUGUUGAUACACCCAAUCGAAAUUCAUAUACAUAAGAAUGUUUAAUCUGUGUGUAUGUACAAUAUAUUAACAAUUUAUAAACUAAAAUACAACAAGGCACGUGGGAAACGGAA